GUUUAAUCUCGGCUGAGGAGGAGGAGGAGCACCAAUGCAUGUUAGGUAUCUCAGUAGCUGACGGAUACAGUGCUCACAGGGGGAGACAUGAGAAGACAUCUUAUCCAUUGAUGCAUUAAUUUGUUGUUUUAUGUGUGCUGCCACUGCCAAGUGAUCUGAAGCACUGAGCUGAGAUUACAAAGAAACCAGCUAGUGUGUUUGGAUAUGCACUGCCUUUGAUCAGGGCUGAAACAAGGAUUCGAAUGCAAAGAAAAAACUUGAAAACCUGAAAAAGGAAAUUAAGACUAGGACUGUGGACAUUGUACUCUAUUAAAGCCUCUGACGUGAGAAUAUAUGUGACAUGGGAGCCGUGCAGGUGGUCUUGAGCAACAGCCAGUUUGAUAAUCGAGCUGUGAAGUUCACGUGCCGGUCGGGGAAGCAUUGAAAUGGGAUUCGCGGGCAUCGCUGAAGACUGCUUUAUCAGGUCUUUGCCAGUCUAGUUGAGCAAGUCAGGCUUCAGUUGGAUCAGCCUUCCUGUUAUUCGCCUCCUUUUAGUGAGGUCUGUGAGCAGGAGUUGUACAGUUCAGCAGGACUGAGAAACUUUUAAGUUUGCUCUCCAGAGGAUCUGAAUCUGACUUCUCUAUUUGUUUUUUGGAGUCUGCACUCUUUCAUUGAAUUUUUUCUGUGAUAACCGUGCAUCCUCUGAGACAGGAUGCAGGUGUCAUUUGUUUGCACGGACCACCGGUCCAUGAGCCGUAGCACGGAUGACAGGCUCAAUCGACAAAAUGCUAACAGUCCGAGCACUGGUACCCGAAGCAAGUUCAAAGCUGUGGCCAUGGUGGCCAGGAGCCUUGGGCAGCUGUCGGUCCAGAGCGUACCCUCUUCAAGUGACCAGAGCAUAAGAACUGGCAUGAAAUAUAGAAACUUGGGGAAGUCUGGCCUGAGAGUCUCGUGUCUUGGAUUAGGAACAUGGGUGACGUUUGGAGGACAGAUCACAGAUGAGAUGGCAGAGCAGCUGAUGAUUCUGGCGUAUGAGAACGGGAUCAAUCUGUUCGACACGGCAGAGGUCUACGCUGCUGGAAAGGCGGAGAUGGUGCUGGGAAACAUCAUAAAGAAGAAAGGAUGGAGACGCUCCAGUUUAGUCAUUACAACCAAAAUAUUUUGGGGUGGAAAAGCAGAGACAGAGAGAGGACUGUCAAGAAAACACAUUAUAGAAGGUUUAAAGGCAUCAUUGGAGAGAUUGCAGUUAGAAUAUGUGGAUGUAGUGUUUGCAAACAGACCAGACCCCAACACACCCAUGGAAGAAACGGUGCGGGCGAUGACCCAUGUGAUAAAUCAGGGAAUGGCGAUGUACUGGGGCACGUCACGCUGGAGUCCAAUGGAAAUCAUGGAAGCAUAUUCUGUGGCCCGACAGUUUAACCAGAUUCCACCAAUCUGCGAACAGUCUGAAUAUCACAUGUUCCAGAGGGAGAAAGUGGAGGUGCAGCUUCCUGAACUCUUCCAUAAGAUCGGUGUGGGUGCGAUGACAUGGUCUCCGCUGGCCUGUGGGAUAAUCUCAGGGAAAUACGACAGCGGGGUGCCGGCAUACUCUCGCGCCUCACUGAAGGGCUACCAGUGGUUGAAGGACAAGAUCUUGAGCGAGGAGGGCCGACGCCAGCAGGCGAAGCUGAAAGAGCUGCAGGCAAUCGCUGAGCGGCUGGGCUGCACGCUGCCACAGCUAGCCAUCGCGUGGUGCCUGAGAAAUGAAGGCGUGAGCUCUGUGCUCCUCGGAGCCUCCAACACGGACCAGCUCAUGGAGAAUAUAGGAGCAAUACAGGUUCUUCCAAAGUUAUCCUCCUCCAUCGUGCACGAGGUGGACAGUAUCCUGGGAAACAAACCCUACAGUAAAAAGGACUACCGCUCCUAGUGUGGAACCGGACGGGACCGGAUGCUUCGCACCCACCUUUGCCUGAUCCUCCGUUAGCUUCAGCUUUUACUGAAUGAGUACCGGCCGCAUGAGACGGGCAAGCACCCAUAAACCCUGGAGAGCAAGACUUUUAGAACAAAGGGCAAGAAACACGUGAAUAACACACAAAACAAACAAAAAAAGACACAUUCACUGACAGAGGGGUUGAAAUGCAGGAUAGAGAGCGAUGCAUUGAAAAGAUGUGCUUACGGAUUUAUCCGUGUUACUCUACAAACAAGGUACUUUAAAAUGAGAUCAUUAGGGUAAUUAAGAACAAAAUUAAAAAAAAAAAUAUAUGCUUAAAACAUUUAAAAAAUAACAUGCUUGCUUGGUUGCUGGAAAUAUUAAAUUUUUUCUGUUUAUUUUUUUUUAUAUUGAAUGCAUAAUAACAAAAAUGGAGCUCAAGCUGAAAUAGGUAAUCAGUUGCACAUGAUCCAUAGCCACUCAUGUGAUCCAUUUGGGUUUGCGCACGUCGUUCACAUCAUCGAGGUGUCUCGGCCCAGAACUCUUCACUGUGUCGUCUGCGUUACGUAUGCACACGCCCCCCUUCGCAGGCAAACCAAUGAGCACUUUAAGGGAACAUCAGAGGGAGUGGCUUUGUGAAAACUGAUUUAAACGCAGCUCCUCUCUAGUGUGGAAUGGGGCAAAAAUCAAUUGCUUUUCCUUAUUCUGCACAGGGCAUUGCGUCGUCUCGGUGUCCGCUCUUCUCUGUUUAGCCUCAAAGCACGGCCCUGGCUUCUCAUGUGUCAUUUCUUUGCUAACAGUUCUGCAAGAGACCUUCUGAUAUCUGAUCACUCCAUCAGAUGUUGUGCUUUUGGAGGGCAGCUGUCUGUGUGGUUGUUGAAGAAUACUGGAAACUGACGGCGAUGAGCCUCGGAGGUCUUCCUUCCACAGUAACCUGCUCCAGCACACACCUUUAGUGUACUGAUAUUACAGUUACUCUCACUGAUUUAUUAGAUUUUAAGUGUAGAUUGAAUGAUCUGAAGGAUAAGCAUGCUUUGAAAAUAUUUAACGCGAUUACUGCAGAGUUUUCUGUCUGAAGAGUGAAUGUUAGGAAACAUGUCAAGAAUAUGUUUUGGUCAGAUUUCACCUCAGAAUCAAUAUCAAUAUACAAUAUAAGAUAUAUGAAAUUAUAUUACUUAUUUUAGAACCAUUACAUUUAUAUUUUUUGCAUUGUGACAAUUUUUAUGAUAAUUAGACAAUUUCCCUGCAAAUUGUCGUUAAUUUGAUGUGAAAAAAAGUACUGUAAUGGGAAAAAAAAAAAAAAAAAUAUAUAUAUAUAUAUAUAUAUAUAUACACACACACACACACACAUACGUAUUUCAUGUAAAGUGUUUAAGUUUAAUUGUAAGUGUGGGUAGUGUUUGUUGUACCGAUUUUAAUGUAAAAAUUUAGUAAUAAGUAUUUUAAUAAGAAUAUAUAAAAAGUGUAUAUGUUUAUAUAACAUAUAUGUAUACGAUAUUUUUUAUAUAUAUAUAUAUAUAUAUAUAUAUAUAUACACACACACACACAUAUACACACGAUAAGUGCUGUCAGACGAUUAAUCAUGAAUGAUCGCAUCCAAAAUAAGUUUUUGUUUACAUAAUGUGUGUACUAUGCAUAUUUAUGUAUAUAUAAAUACACACACAUGCAUGUAUAUAUUUAACAAAAAUUUAUUACAUUUAUAUAUAAAAUAUUUAUAUAUAAUAUAAAUUAUAUAUAAAUAUAUAAGUAUACAUGUAAAUAUUUCUUAUUACAUGUAUGUGUGUGUAUUUAUAUAUACAUAAUGAAUAUACACAGUACACGCGCAUAUAUUAUCUAAACAAACUUUUUAAUCACGAUUAAUCAUUUGACAGCACUUUAUAUAUAUAUAUAUAUAUAUAAAAUAUAGUAUUAUAGUACAAUUUGAGAAGGAAAUGUACUUAAUUGUCAUGUAAAUAAUGUCACAAAAUAAUGCAAAGUCCUAAAAAUAUAAUACAAAACAUAAUUGGUUUUACGGUGAAAUAUCUGGAAAUUUCUUCAUGACGUUCACCCUGUAAGGCAAAUUCAUUAAUGAUUAAAACAAGUAGAAACAUGGGGUGGUUACAAACCUAAUGGUUAUAAACAAUGGACUGUUAACACAAAAGUUGCAGGUUCAAUCCUAAACUAAUGAAAACAGUUCUGCUUUACCACCCCUGCGAUUGAACGUCUAGACGUAAGAACAAAAACAAAAGCAAUUUCAUCAUAUUCUCUGCAGUUUAGCUGGGGCAGUCGUAACUCCAGCGGCCUUACAGCUACGGUCACCUGUGGCCUUCCACAGCACAGCACGGUGAUUUGGCAGAUGUUCCUAGCCAAUAGAAAAGCGGACUGUUUAAAUGGCAUUAUCUCACCUGCCCAAUAGGAGCAAAGACCUGUUUGCGUCGGCAGCUCAGGGACUGCAGUAGAAUGUCUGUGUUUGCGUGUGUGAGUGUGUGUCUGUGAGCUACAUCGUCUAACAUCGUUAGGAAACUGUUUCUUCAUCUCAUUUCUGGACACUGGGCAUUUCUUGUAUGUACCGGUGAUGAUACAUGUGGCUGAAGCCAAAGAUUUAUCCCACAUCCCGUCAGUAACGUGACUCCCGUGUCCUCUUUCCGACGGAGAGACGAUCGGUCAUUUAGCAGCAUGUAUCUGGUCUUUCUUCACUUUAUAUUCACUCUGGUGAUGCUCUUAGCAGGCCUCUAUAAAUAUAAGUACAUAUAUACAUACUUAGUGCAAGUAUACAUAGUGCACCCAGUAUGAAUGAUAAGCAGUCUUUAGGUCUUUUUUAAAUGGAGGUUGGUCACCAAACAUUGAUCAAUAAGAUAUUACUGAAUUCGGCGUGCAGCGUUUAAUCAAACUGUCCCUGAUCAAGCACAAGGGAAAUGCAUGAGCUUAAUUUGGAAAGCAUGCUGAAUCCCCGGAUCGAUGCGCUUACUGCUGUUUUAGUGCACAUCUGGCUAGUGCUACUUUCCUAUCCCAUUUGCGCAGAUAAUAUUGGCAAGACGGAUCAUUUUUUGUACAAUUCUCAAAAAGAUGAGCUUGCUGUUCUUCAUGGUAGUGAUUAAAAAUACUUUAAAGAUCAGAAUCAAAUUUAAAAAAUAAACCUUGGGAGUUGUGUGCUUAUGGGAAUUAAAUGUGUCUCCGUGUAUCAGAUCCAUUCAAGCUAGAUUCAUGACUUAGAUCAGCUUUAAAAACAGUUGAAUGUUGAAGUUGGUGUCCGUCCAUCUCAUCUGUGCGUUUGUGUCUCUGAACUGAGCGCUUGAAGCCACGAACAUUUACUGUGUGAUAAUAAGGGUGCAGUUAUUCCUAAUAGUCUCUAAAAGAUUUGCACUUUAUUCGUUAGGCACUUGUUUAAUUGGAGAUGAUUUACAUUUAUAGUGGUAAUGUCUUUUUCCCCAUUUUUAAGGAAUGUUUCAGGUUCAGAAGAUGUUCAGCUGAUGCAUGAUGCAUGUCAGUUAUCACAGAUGAUCAUUUCAAACAAACCAAUAUCUCAUUUACAGUACUGUGCUUAAAAUGGAAAUCAGAAAUGUGCAGAUAUUAAUAGUUUGUUCAAGCAGAUUGACGUGUGGUUGGACAUGUGUUGAUAAACAUCAUUUCAUUUUUCUGGUUUCCUGGUGCAUAAUUGUGUGAAAUUUACAGGGUUUACUUUUUUUUGCAUUGCAAUAAUGAGAAUUUGGGAAGAAAAUGUGCCACACAAUUAAGCAUCCUAAAAAUAUAAUUGAUUUUAGGGUCAAAUAUUAUAUGGAAUUUUUUCCCCAGUCAGAUUCAUCCAGUAGAUGAAUAUCCUUUUCACAAGAUAUAAGUCUCUGGUGUCCCCAGAAUGUGUCUGUGAAGUCUUAAAAUACCCCACAGAUCAUUUAUUAUAGCUUGUCAAAUUUGCCACUAUUAGGGUGUGAGUAAAAACACGCCGUUUUUGUGUGUGUCCCUUUAAAUGCAAAUGAGCUGCUGCUCCCGGCCCCCUUUCCAGAAGAGGGUGGAGCUUUAACAGCUCGUGCUUCGUUUACUCAACAACAACAAAGCUGGAGAAUCUCACGCAGCCAAAAUGAGGAUUGUCAGUAACGGUGUUCAGCCUUACAUUGUUCAAACUGGAGUCGGACACUGAUGGAGAGACUCAGGAAGAAGUUACAACUUUUAGAAUGAAACUGGACGAUUCUGAAUGGUUAGUAGAUAAAUUUAUGUAGUUGCUGUGGAGUUGAUUCAGCUCAUCGACCAGCAUGUGCUGUCAUGUUAAUCUUUUGUGUAAAUCCAGUGUUGAAUUGACCCUCGUUUGUGAAGCAGUCCGGCGUAAAAUGACAGCAUGGCAACAACACUCUACUACAACAACUCUUCCUCUUCUCUAAAGCAGCCCAACAUGGCCUCACCCCCUUUGUUGUGUGUUAUUGGGGGCGGGGUUUAUGUAAAUUUUGGGGUUUGUGAUGUCACUAACCUGGGAAGAAGCUUGUUGUAGUCCCUACCAGCCGUUUGUUGUAGUCCUUAAAGCGAUUUCUGUAAAAGAAAAUAUCUCCCUUUGCAUUGAACUUUGAGCGUCGUAACUCUGCAGAUGUUGUUUAUGCUCAAACAGCAACAUUACACACUGACUAAAGUUAAAAAAGUGAAAUCAUAAUCAACCGCCCCUUUAAGUAAGCAUGUUUAUUUAUUUUUAUCACACUAGUAUCUUGCUCAGUCAUUACGGUUACACUUCAUAAACAGUAUUUUAAUGUUGUCUUGCCUCGUAGACUUUCAUUGCCAGCUCAUUAGAGUCAACACCAUUUUUCCAAACUGAGUAACAAGUGAAAAAAUAUAUAUAUAUAUAUUUUUUUUUUUUGGUAAUGUCUUCAGUCGCAUUGAACCUGAAACAUUCCUUUAUAUUUCUCUGUGUAUUGUCACCAAAAUAUUAGUACACUGAAAUAUCAUCAAAAUUGAAAUGCAUCACUUCAAGUGUGCGUGAGAAAACUGAGCAGUAGAUUUGUGAAUAAAGGCAGUUGGUUGUUAGUUUAGUUGUUGAUGUGUUCUCAUUAAAAUGAUUCAUCACUGUGUUUUAGAUAGUAGAGCUGGUGUAACGGAGGCCAGAAUCACAGUGGCUUUGAAUGGACUCAUCAUGUUUUGUUUUGUGAGACUGAAGACUCGUGUUUCUGUUGGUCAGUGUUGUAUCAUGUCAGCCUGUUUCUGCUCUAAUGUGAGCAGUGUUGUCUGUUGACUGACUUUAAAGGCACUUAUGUUGUUUGCCGUCUGAUAGCAUCUGGUGAUUUCAUCAAGAAGGCGUAAAUAUCAUUGACAGAAUUGUUUCCAUGCCUCCAAGUAGUGGCAGAAUUUUUAUUAGCGACAUUUCAAGUUGUUUAAGAGUGGAACGGUUGGAAAAGCAGGAAAAAUGUAAUUGAGCGUCGUCCUGUAAUUGAGCGUCGUCCAGCCAUAUAGAUGAACCCACAUUUACAGGUCAGAGGUGAUGGAUAUGUGUGUAGAAGUAUUAUUUUCAAAUACCAUACUUUAGUUCCCAAGGAAAUUAUUUUUCAUGUUUCAAUAUUUUGCAACGAUAAAGACAAAAAUAUGAUUUUAUUUUUUUACCAUUCUUUGUUGCCCUUCGGUGGUACUGACCUGAAUAUGAAGACGACGGCGAUAAUGAUGAUGACGACAAAGAAUACAAAGAGCAAUUAUUUGCACUGAAUAUGCAUUUUGGAGAAUUCUGUGAAAUGUAUACAAUGGCAAGCUACAUUUCCACGCUUUGUGGAGAAAAUACUGUAUGUCAAGUCAGAUAUCUGUAUAUAGUUUGACCUUUGUACAUAUAUAUACAUAAGAGUAUUCAUGGUCCUGAUCACUCCAGCCUUUGGUUCUUUGAUUUUCAUCGAAAGGCAUUUGCUGACUGCAUUGUGCUUGAAUCUGAAUUUAGACAUGUACAGCGCCAGUAUCUAUGAAAUGACAACUAUAAAAUGAUGACGAUAAAAAACA